UGCCCUCAGGCUGCUAGGCUGGGGGAGGCCACUGGGAGUCCAGUGCAACCCAACCCUCCGCCCACUGGGUGCCGCCCCGUUCUGCCUUCUCUAAGUGUCCUUCCAUCUGGAACUCACUCUGGCUCAGUGAAAGGGGCCUCAUCCCUGCCCCCCACCAGCUGAUGAAGGCUUCAUCUCAGGGAACUCGGGAGCCCCCAUUUCUCCUUCCGUCCAUCUCCCGUUUAUUUUUUUUUCUUCUCCCGUUUAUUUAUUUUUCUUCUCUGUGUCCCCCUCUUUCAGAGUCCCCCCGUCCCCCACUGCCAGUCUCCCUGCCUCCCAGUCACUGUCUCUCUCCUCCGCCGCUGUCUCCUGUCCAGCCUGCCUGGGCUGUGGCCCAGCCGCUCUGCCUGGCCAGCCUCCCUGGCUCCCCCUCUGCGGCUCUGAGCUGGCCCCACCCCCAGCCCCCCUCCAUCCAGCCUCUGAUCCGUCUGUGGACUCUGAGGUCGGGUGCCUGUCACACGGUCCCUGGGACCAAGGACAGACUACAGCCCCUCGGCACCCACAGAGGCUUCCCCUCAACCCUAGCCGAGGAGCCCCCAGCAGAGGGCAUGGGGGUGGGCCGCCCCACCAGGUACGUGCCUCCACGCAAGGCCCCGCUGAACCAUCCCCUCCUGCUCUGCUGCAUCGCCCCCAUCCACCCCUGUCCCAGCAUCCCUGUCCUCAGCUCGUCCCCUUCAAGGAGGCCCUGUCUUCCCAUCAGCGACAGGCUCAGCGCCAGGAGAAUCUACCCCCAGGUUCAGUGCCUCCAACUCUCACCCCAUCCCCAUUUUAUGCAUUUUCUCACUGGCUUCCAUCCUUUCAAAGAAAGCCUGUCUGUCUGUCUCUGUCUCUCUCUCUCCCCCCAUCUCUGUCUCUCCCCCCAUCUCUGUCUCUCCCCCCAUCUCUGUCUCUCCCCCCAUCUCUGUCUCUCCCACAUCUCUCUGCCUCUCUCUGCCUUCACAAUUUCAUCUCCCCAUGUUGCUAUUUCUUAAAACAUUUCUUUUCUCCUUUUCGUUUUCCCAACUGCCCUGUCCGCCUCUGUCUUCUCUGUCCCCCUCCAUCUAGGUCUCUGUCCCCCCCUUUCUCUGGGUUUCUGUCCCCCUCUGUCUCUGAGUCUCUAUCUUCUCAAGGUCUCUGUUCCUCUCUCUCUGGGUCUCUGUCCUCUCUCAAGGUCUCUGUCCCUUUCUCUCUGGAUCAAUGUCCCUUUCCUGCCACCCUCUCUGGGUCUCUGUCCCUUUCUCUCUGGAUCAAUGUCCCUUUCCUGCCACCCUCUCUGGGUCUCUGUCCCUUUCUCUCUGGAUCAAUGUCCCUUUCCUGCCACCCUCUCUGGGUCUCUGUCCCUUUCUCUCUGGAUCAAUGUCCCUUUCCUGCCACCCUCUCUGGGUCUCUGUCCCUUUCUCUCUGGGUCUCUGUCCCUUUCUCUCUCAGGGUCCCUGUCCUGCUUGGCCCCUGUACUUUUUCUUGGGGCACCCUCUCAACACUCCUCCUCCUGCCUAUCUCUGUAUCUCCUUGUCUUUCUGCAGUAUCUGCUUUCCAACCUGCUGUCCAGUCUCCACCGGUAGGUGGGGAGUGGCGGGGAACACCCCUGGUUUUGGAAGAGUAAGACAGGGUUGACUUGGGUGGGUGAGGGUGGGGCCUGGGGGCGGGGCUUUCUGGCCUCAGAUUAGACAGUGACUUUGACACGAAGUUGAAGCACCUUAAGCCCUGUAUCUCCUUUAUAUGGAAACAUUAAGCUGCUCUCGCAGGUCAGGUGGAGGAUCCCUUUCCCUCCCGCCCUGCUUUUGCUAGGGGAGGGGAGUGCCCUGAGCCUGAGUUGCAGCCAGCCUGGGAGCUGGGCCAUGUUGGCCGCAGAUGGCCCCCUGGUGAAGGUCCCCGUCGGCUUUGGGAAGUAGACACGGGGGUCUGCCUCACGGGGCUGAGGUGGGACUGGAGGAUUUUGAGGGCAGAGCUCUGGGAAGGAAAGAAAGGCUUAGGACCCAACCAGCAUUCCCCCUGCCACUGCGGGGGCCUGGCCAGCUCAUGGCGUUCCCUGAGCCUGUUCCCCAACUGUGAAAGGGGGUGGUGAUCUUCACCUCCCAGCAUCCUGAGCAGUCAAGGUGAGCAGUGGGGUCUGAGAGUCCGGUGGGGGCUGUGGGCAUGUCGGGAGCUCAUCGUGAGGCCUCGUACGUACCAGGUGUGUUUGAAACCAGAGUGCUCUUGAGAAGACUGUGGUUUGGCACUCAGGCCGUGGCUCCCAGGAGGCCUGGGUGGGAGGCUAGGUUUUGCCACUCCUCUCCCCACUGGCUGAGAGACCUGCGACAAGGGACUAACCUCAGCCCCAGUUGGCUUUUCUGUGAAAAGCCAGGUCCCUUCAUCAAAGGGCUUUGGUGAGAGAUGGGCAAGUGGGGGUGAGAGGCCCAGGCUGGGGCCUGCAGAGCACAGGUCAGUGUCAGUGCCCACCUACCUCCCCAGCCCAUGGGGGUGGUUCCCGGGGGUGGAGUCAGUGCAGAGUGGGGAUCCCAGGCUGGGGAGUGCUGCAGGUGUAGAUGCUGCAUCCUGAUGUUGACCUCCGGACUGCCCCCUUGGGCAACGAACCUAUUUCCCCUUUUUGGGAGAACAGUCUCUAACAUGCAGGGUUGUCAAGGGUGAGACAGAGUCAAGGUUGGGGUACGCUGUGGGCACUGGACACAGCCAGGCUGGUUCCCUCUCACCUCAGCCUUGCCUCUGUCAAGUGGGCCUAAUGAACCCCCGCGAAUGGCCAGACUUCCGCGGGUGGUUGUGGGAAGCAGGUGCAGGGCUUUGGGAGACCCAGUUGGUGCCAAACUUGACAUUGUCUCAUGGUCUUCUUUCCAAAUGGAGUGUGCCAGGCCCUGCCAAGAAGCCCCUGAGGAUCCCCAGGUUCCAGCACAAAUUAUUUAACCCCAGAAUGGUUUGUCCUGAUCCAGCCAGUUUCUGGGAAGUUCCUCACCACAGGGCCAAGCAUUUGGUAACCUUGCAGCGAAUCCUGAAGGCAAUGAGGGGUGCGGGUCCAUGCCCAGCCCUUUCCUUUCGUCCACCCUGACAGGCUGCUGCGAUUCUCUCCGUUUCUUUUCUUCCUUUAUUUUUUAUUUUUAUUAUUUAUUUUUUAGAGACAGGGUUUUGUUGUCUUCCCCAGGCUGGUUCUCAAACCCCUGGCCUCACGCAUUCCUCCUGAGUUGGACUCCCAAAGUGCCAGGAUUAGAGGUGUGAGCCACUGCACCUGCCCUCUUUUUUUUUUUUUUUUUUUUUUUGAGAUGGAGUCUCACUCUGUCGCCCAGGCUGGAGUGCAGUGGCGCGAUCUCAGCUCACUGUAAGCUCCGCCUCCUGGGUUCACGCCAUUCUCCUGCCUCAGCCUCUCCGAGUAGCUGGGACUACAGGCGCCCGCCACCACGCCCGGCUAAUUUUUUGUAUUUUUAGUAGAGACGGGGUUCCACCGUGGUCUUGAUCUCCUGACCUCGUGAUUCGCCCGCCUCGGCCUCCCAAAGUGCUGGGAUUACAAGCGUGAGCCACCGCGCCCGGCCUCUUUUUUUUUUUUUAAGAGAUGGGGUCUUGCUCUGUUGCCGAGGCUACAGUGCAAUGGUAGCAUCAUAGCUCACUGCAGCCUUGAACUCUGGGCUCAAGUGAUCCCCCACCUCAGUCUCCAGAGUAGCUGCAUCACCAUGGCUGGAUAAUUUUUGUUUUUAAGAUAGGGUCUCGCCACGUACCCCAAGCUGGUUUCAGACUCCCGGGUUCAAACAAUCCUCCCACCUUGGCCUCCCAGAGUGCUAGGAUUACAGGUGUGAGCCACCAUGCCCAGCCCCCAGGCCUCCUGCCUUUCAUAGGUGAGAGAGCUGAGGCUCAGGAAAGGAUGUGACCUGUCAUCAAUCACACAUCUAGUAAAUGGCUGAGCAAAUUGAGUCUCUGGAAAAGGAAGCCAGAGAUCCCAGGAGACAUGGUGAGUGAGCAACUAAGCCAGGAUUAGGCCCUUACCCAUAUGGUAAGAAGGCCCUUCCUGGUCUUUUAAGAAAUCCCAAUUUCUCCACCUUACAAUGGAGGAAACCGAGACUCAGAAAGAGUUGCCAAAGAUCAGAGGGUUGGGCAUGAGCCCAUCUCAUUUAUUUUACAAUAGCUUCAUUGAAAUCUAAUUCACGUGUCGUAUCAUACACUCAUUACAGGGUACAAUUCAAUGGCUUUUAGUGUAUUCACAAUUGUGCAGCCAUCACAAUUAAUUUUUUUUUUUUAAACGGAGUCUUGCUUUGUCGCCCAAGCUGGAGUGCACUAGUGCAAUCUCAGCUCACUGCAACCUCCACCUCCUGGGUUCAAGUGAUUCUCCCACCUCAGCCUCCCGAGUAGCUGGGAUUAAAGGCGCGCGCCUGUAAUCACCACACCCGGCUAAUUUUUGUAUUUGUAGUGGAGACGGGGUUUCACCAUGUUGGCCAAGCUGGUCUCAAACUCCUGACCUCAAGUGAUCUGUCUACUUUGGCCUCCCAAAGUCCUGAGAUUACAGGUGUGAGCCACCACGCCCGGCCAGCAUAAUGUUUUCAAGGUUUAUCCAUGUUGUUGCAUCUAUCAAUACUUCAUUUCUCUUUAUUGUCAAAUACUAUUCAUUGGGUGAAUAUACCACAUUUUAUUUAUUCAUUAGUUGGUUGAUAUUUGGGUUUCCACCUUUUGGCUAUUAUGAGUAAUGCUGCUGUGAACAUUUGUGUACAAGUUUUUGCAUCUGUUUUCAUUUCUCUUGGGUAUAUAAGUAGGAGUGCAAUUGCUGGAUGAUGUGGUAAUUCUAUGUUUAACCAUUUAAGCAACUGCCAGACUGCUUCCUACAGCAGCUGCAAUUUUUCAUUCCCCGCAGCAGUGUAUGAGGAUGCCAAUUUCUCCACAUUCUCACCAACACUUGUUUUUUUUAUUAUAGCCAUUCUAAGUGGGUGCGAAAUGGUAUUCCUUUGUGGUUUUGAUUUGCAUUUCUCUGAUGGCUAAUGAUGUUGAGCAUCUUUUCAUAUGUUUAUGAGCCAUUUGUAUACCUUCUCUGGAGAGACGUCUGUACAGAUCCUUUGCCCACUUUUUUUGUGCCUCAGCCUCCAGAGUAGCUGGGACUACAGAUGUGCACCACCAGGCCCGGCUAAUUUUUGGAUUUUUAAUAGAGACGGGAUUUUGCCAUGUUGGCCAGGCUGGUCUCAAACUCCGGAGCUCAAGUGAUCCAGCUUCCUCGGCCUCCCAAAGUGUUAGGAUUACAGGCGUGAGCUGCUGCGCCUGGCCCCCUUUGCCCACUUUUAAAUUGGGUUAUUUGGCACCAGCCUACAUCGUGAAACCCUGUCCCUACUAAAAAUACAAAAAUUAGCUGGGAUGGUGGUGUGAGCCUGUAAUUCCAGAUACUCAGGAGGCUGAGGCAAGAGAAUCUCUUGUACCCGGGAGGUGGAGGUUGCAGUGAGCUGAGAUUGCGCCACUGCACUCCAGCCUGGGCGAGUGAGACUCCGUCUCAAAAAUUAAAAAAAAAAAGGCCAGGCGCGGUGGCUCACGCGUGUAAUCCCAGCACUUUGGGAGGCCAAGACAGGCGGAUCACGAGGUCAGGAGAUCAAGACCAUCCUGGCUAACACGGUGAAACCCCGUCUCUACUAAAAAUACAAAAAAAAUUAGCCGGGCGUGGUGGCGGGCGCCUGUAGUCCCAUCUACUCGGGAGGCUGAGGCAGGAGAAUGGCAUGAACCCAGGAGGUGGAGCUUGCAGUGAGCCAAGAUUGCACCACUGCACUCCAGCCUGGGCGACUGAGCGAGACUCCAUCUCAAAAAAAAAAAAAAAAAAAGGCUGAGGGGUGUAUGUAUCUUUUCAUUACUGAGUUGCAAGGGCUCUAUAUAGUCUAGAUACAAGUUCCUCAUCAGGUAUGUGAUUUGCAACUACAGUAUCUUCUCCCAUUAGUGGGUUGUCUUUUCCCUUUCUUAAAAAACUUUUUUGAGACAUGGUCUUGCUGUGUCUGUCGCCCAGGCUAGAGUGCAGUGGUGCAAUCAUAACUCACUGCAGCCUCAAACCCCUGGGCUUAAGCAAUUCUCCCACCUCAGCCUUCCAAGUAACUAGGACCACAGGUUUGCAUUACCACAUCUGGCUAAUUUUUAAUUUUUUUGUAGAGCAAGCCCCUUGCUAUGUUGUCCAGGCUGGUCAUGAACUCCUGGGCUCAAGUGAUCCUCCUGCCUCAGCCUCCCAAAGCACUAGGAUACAGGUGUGUACCACCUCGCCUGGCCUCCCUUCACUUUCUUGAUAGUGUCUUUGGGAGUGCAAAAGUUUUUUAGUUCUGGCCGGGUGCAGUGGCUCACGCCUGUAAUACCAGUACUUUAGGAGGCCAAGGCAGGAGGAUCACUUGAGGUCAGGAGUUCAAGACCAGCCUGGCCAACAUGGUGAAACCCCAUCUCUACUAAAAAUACAAAAAUUAGUCAGGCGUGGUGGCACAUGCCUGUAAUCCUGGCUGCUCGGGAGGCUGAGGCAGGAGAACCCAGGAGACAGAGAUUGCAGUGAGCCAAGAUCGCACUACUGCACUCCAGUCUAGGUGACAAAGUGAGAGUCCGUCUCAAAAAAAAAAAAAGUUAUUUAGUUCUGAUGCAAUUCAAUUGAUGGAUUUUUUUCCUUUUGUUACUUUGUGAGCCUGUUUUUGAACCACAGCUGACCUCAGAGCCCUGAGGCAUCUCUCCAUGCUGAGAAGCAGUUACACCUUAGGAUUAUGAGCAUGGACUCCGGAGCUGGAUGGCUAGCAUUCAAAUCCCAGUUUACUUAGCUGUGGUCUUGGGGAAGUUACUUAAACUUUCUGUGCUUCAGUUUCCUCAUCUAGAAAAUGGGGAUAAUGAUGUCCGCCUCAUAGGCUUGCUCUGAGGCUCAAAUAUGUAAACUCAUGUAAAGUGCUUAUAACAACCUCCAAACUAUAUAAACAUUAUAAUUGAUAGAACACAAAUUAUGAAUUCAGUACAUAGAUUUAGCACUGUAUAAAUGCAUGCUGUAAUUAUUGUGGCACUUGCUAUAAUAUCAUUAUUGUUAUAGUAUUGUUGCUGUUAAUGCUGCAUCUUCCAACUUGAAAGCUGAGUAUGGGCCAGGUGGGGUGGCUCAGGCCUGUAAUCCCAGCACUUUGGGAGGUUGAGGAGGGAAGAUCGAUUGAGGCCAGGAGUUUGAGACCAGCUUGGGCAACAUAGUGAGGCACCUGUCUCUAUAAAACAAACAUAAAAUUAAUAAAACAUUUUUAAAAAGAAGGUGGCUGGCGGGGCGCGGUGGCUUACGCCUGUAAUCCCAGCACUUUGGGAGGCCAAAGCAGGCGGAUCAUGAAGUCAGGAGAUUGAGACCAUCUUGGCCAACAUGGUGAAACCCCAUCUACUAAAUUAUAAAAACUUAGCUGGGCAUGGUGGCCCGUGCCUGUAAUCCCAGCUACUUGGGAGGCUGCGGCAGGCGAAUCACUUGAACCUGGGAGGCAGAGGUUGCAGUGAGCUGAGGUUGCGGUGAGCUGAGAUUGUGCCACUGCACUCCAGCCUGGCGACAGAGCAAGACUCAAUCUCAAAAAAAAAAAAAAAUUAAAAAAAAAAAUUACCCAGGCGUGGUGGUGUGCACCUGUAGUCCCAGCUACUCAGGAGGCUGAGACAGGAGAAUCGCUUAAACUUGGGACGCGGAGGUUGCAGUGAGCCAGGAUCAUGCCACUGCAUUCCAGCUUGGGCGACAGAGGGAGACUCUGUCUCCAAAAAAAAAAAAAGUAUCGUUCCACCUAUUUGACAGAUGAGGCCACUAAGUCCCACCAGAGAGCAUACUUGGCCGAUGAGCUCACCCAUUCCUGGUGCCCCUGACGUUUCUGCCGGUUUCUUGUCCCAGCAGGUUGGGGGCGCCUGCCCCCCACUAGGCCAAGUGGAGGGGGUCCCUCCGUCCAAUGGGCCUGGCCAGGGCCCUACGCCGCCUCAGCGGCGCCCUGGAUUCGGGAGACAGCCGGGCGGGCGAUGAAGAGGAGGCCGGGCCCGGGUCGUGCCGCAACGGGUGGGUGCCGGCACCGGUGCAGUCACCCGUGGGCCGGCGCCGCGGUCGCUUCGUCAAGAAAGACGGGCACUGCAACGUGCGCUUCGUGAACCUGGGUGGCCAGGGCGCACGCUACCUAAGUGACCUGUUCACCACGUGCGUGGACGUGCGCUGGCGCUGGAUGUGCCUGCUCUUCUCCUGCUCCUUCCUUGCCUCCUGGCUGCUCUUCGGCCUGGCCUUCUGGCUCAUUGCCUCGCUGCACGGCGACCUGGCCGCCCCGCCACCGCCCGCGCCCUGCUUCUCACACGUGGCCAGCUUCCUGGCCGCCUUCCUCUUCGCACUGGAGACGCAGACGUCCAUCGGCUACGGCGUGCGCAGCGUCACCGAGGAGUGCCCGGCCGCUGUGGCCGCCGUGGUGCUGCAGUGCAUUGCUGGCUGCGUGCUCGACGCCUUCGUCGUGGGUGCUGUCAUGGCCAAGAUGGCCAAACCCAAGAAGCGCAACGAGACGCUGGUCUUCAGCGAGAACGCAGUCGUGGCGCUUCGCGACCACCGCCUCUGCCUCAUGUGGCGCGUCGGCAACCUGCGCCGCAGCCACCUGGUCGAGGCCCACGUGCGUGCCCAGCUGCUGCAGCCCCGUGUGACCCCAGAGGGUGAGUACAUCCCGCUGGACCACCAGGAUGUGGAUGUGGGCUUUGAUGGAGGCACCGAUCGUAUCUUCCUCGUGUCCCCCAUCACCAUCGUCCAUGAGAUCGACUCUGCCAGUCCUCUGUAUGAGCUAGGACGUGCCGAGCUGGCCAGGGCUGACUUCGAGCUGGUGGUCAUUCUCGAGGGGAUGGUUGAGGCCACAGCCAUGACCACACAGUGUCGCUCAUCCUACCUUCCUGGUGAACUGCUCUGGGGCCAUCGUUUUGAGCCAGUUCUCUUCCAGCGUGGCUCCCAGUAUGAGGUCGACUAUCGCCACUUCCAUCGCACUUACGAGGUCCCAGGGACACCGGUCUGCAGUGCUAAGGAGCUGGAUGAACGGGCAGAGCAGGCUUCCCACAGCCUCAAGUCUAGUUUCCCCGGCUCUCUGACUGCAUUUUGUUAUGAGAAUGAACUUGCUCUGAGCUGCUGCCAGGAGGAAGAUGAGGACGAUGAGGACGAGGAAGAGAAUGGGGUGGAAACAGAAGAUGGGGCUGUUAGCCCCCGAGUUCUCACACCAACCCUGGCGCUGACCCUGCCUCCAUGAUGCAAGCUGAUGUCCUCUUCCCCAUGUAUGCCCCCUUCCCUGAGGUAGCAAGAUGGAGAGAUCGGGCUCUCUCCUGGGAUGGGGGCAGGUGGUCCCAAAUACCGACAGGCCUGCUGGGUAAAUGACUAGGUGGUAAGGUUCUGCCAUGCCUGGUGACCCACCAUGGACAUACUGGACCUUAAUUCCUCUGCUUCUGUGCUCCCUCCUGAGAUCCCUUUAUGAGCCUGAUUCCUGAGCCUCACCAGAAUUCUGGAUCACCCAAGAGGAAAAGACUGGUGGUUCUAGAUUCCUUUAUAUGGGGAGACUUGGAUUGUUGACCAGGGUGAGAAACCAAUGGUACAGACUGCCUCUGGGGAAGCAAGUUGGCAGUUCUUGAACAGCAUCAGAUAUCAAGAGUUUGUAGGUCUGGAUUCACCUAAGAUUCAAGGGAGUGUUGCUUCUCAACUCAGCCAACUAAGUAGCAAAGCAUUUGUUCUAGACCACCUAAGGAGGGAAGGUUAUGGAAUGCCCCAAGUAUUCAAGAUCAUCUUGAUUGACCAAAGACAAAAAAAAAAAAAAAAAAAAAGACCUGUGGUUCCAUAAAGCUCAUUAGUUGAGAUUCUGUGAGUCUAGGUUGACCACAGAGGCAAGCACUGGUGAUUCUAGGACAGGUUUUACCUGGAGAGUUGAACUACUCCAGAAACUAAAGAGUAAUGUUUCUAGAAUGCACAAAACAUUUAGUCU